CCAUUCAAAGCAACCGGCUUCUGCGACCGCACAGCCGCUCUGAGGACGUGCGGCCGAGCCCGCAGAGUCCAGUCGAACAGGCGCGCCCCCAGAGCGCGCUACGGGAGCCCGGAGCCUUGAGCGCCACAGCCCGCACGGGAGGCGACCACAGGCUCCAGAGAGGGGGCUCUCCGGGGACUCCUCACCCUCCCGGCCUGGCACCAUGACACGCGUCGUUGUGCCUUGGCACUGGGGACUUCUGGCCCGCGUUUUCGGAGGCACCUGGUGUCUGCUCUGUGUCACCACACAGGUAUGCGGAGACCAAAGCCAAGGGGCUGUUUUCCUGCGGGAAUUUACACUGAUUCGAAGAGAGAGCCUUCAUGAAGAUUUCUUGUCUGACCUCUUGAAUAGUCACAAAACUGAAGACUCGAGCUCCAGGACUGCUCGCUCAGAGGAAGAACGAGAUGGUCUGUGGGAUGCCUGGGGCUCCUGGAGCGAGUGUUCACGCACCUGUGGUGGAGGGGCCUCGUACUCACUGAGACGCUGCCUCAGUAGCAGGAGCUGUGAGGGAAGAAAUAUCAGAUACAGAACAUGCAGUAAUGUGGACUGUCCACCAGAAGCAGGUGAUUUCCGUGCCCAACAAUGCUCUGCUCAUAAUGAUGUCAAACACCAUGGCCAGUUUUAUGAAUGGCUUCCUGUGUCCAAUGACCCUGACAAUCCAUGUUCUCUUAAGUGCCAGGCCAAAGGAACAGCUCUGGUUGUUGAACUAGCACCCAAAGUCUUAGAUGGAACUCGUUGCUACACAGAAUCCUUGGAUAUGUGCAUCAGUGGUUUAUGCCAAAUUGUUGGCUGUGAUCACCAGCUGGGAAGCACUGCCAAGGAAGAUAACUGUGGAGUCUGCAACGGAGAUGGGUCCACCUGCCGGCUGGUCAGAGGGCAGUAUAAGUCCCAGCUCUCCGCAACCAAAUUGGAUGACACUGUGGUUGCUAUUCCCUAUGGAAGCAGACAUAUUCGUCUAGUCUUAAAAGGACCUGAUCACUUGUAUCUGGAAACCAAAACACUCCAGGGAGCUAAAGGGGAAAACAGUCUCAGCUCCACAGGCACCUUCCUUGUAGACAAUUCCAGUGUGGACUUCCAGAAAUUUCCAGAAAAAGAGAUACUGAGGAUGACUGGACCACUCUCAGCAGAUUUCAUUGUUAAGAUUCACAACUCGGGGCCUGCUGACAGCACAGUCCAGUUUAUCUUCUACCAGCCAAUCAUCCACCGAUGGAGGGAGACGGAUUUCUUUCCUUGUUCGGCAACCUGUGGAGGAGGUUACCAGCUGACCUCGGCUGAGUGUUAUGAUCUCCGAAGCAACCGUGUGGUUGCAGAUCAGUACUGUCACUAUUACCCAGAGAACAUCAAGCCCAAGCCCAAGCUUCAGGAAUGCAACUUGGAUCCUUGUCCAGCCAGUGACGGAUACAAGCAGAUCAUGCCUUAUGACCUCUACCAUCCCCUUCCUCGGUGGGAGGCCACCCCGUGGACCGCGUGCUCCUCCUCGUGUGGGGGGGGCAUCCAGAGCCGGGCAGUUUCCUGUGUGGAGGAAGACAUCCAGGGGCAUGUCACCUCAGUGGAAGAGUGGAAAUGCAUGUACACCCCUAAGAUGCCCAUCGUGCAGCCCUGCAACAUUUUUGACUGCCCUAAAUGGCUGGCACAGGAGUGGUCUCCGUGUACGGUGACAUGUGGCCAGGGCUUAAGAUAUCGAGUGGUUCUCUGCAUUGAUCAUCGAGGAAUGCAUACAGGAGGCUGUAGUCCCAAAACCAAGCCCCACAUAAAAGAAGAAUGCAUCAUACCUACUCCCUGCUAUAAACCCAGAGAGAAACUGCCAGUAGAGGCCAAGCUGCCAUGGUACAAGCAAGCCCAAGAGCUAGAAGAAGGAGCUGCUGUGUCUGAAGAGCCCUCGUUCAUCCCAGAGGCCUGGUCGGCCUGCACAGUCACCUGUGGUAUGGGGACCCAGGUGCGAAUAGUCAGGUGCCAGGUCCUCCUGUCUUUCUCCCAGUCUGUGGCUGACCUGCCUGUUGACGAAUGUGAAGGGCCCAAGCCAGCAUCCCAGCGUGCCUGUUAUGCAGGACCAUGCAACGGGGACGUUCCUGAGUUUAACCCAGAAGAGACUGAUGGGCUCUUCGGUGGCCUGCAAGAUUUUGAUGAGCUCUAUGACUGGGAGUAUGAGGGGUUCACCAAGUGCUCCGAGUCAUGUGGAGGAGGUAUCCAGGAGGCUGUGGUAAGCUGCCUAAACAAACAGACCCGGGAGCCUGCUGAGGAGAACCUGUGCGUGGCCAGCCGCCGCCCCCCACAGCUCCUGCGCUCCUGCAGUUUGGAUCCCUGCCCUGCAAGGUGGGAAAUUGGCAAGUGGAGUCCAUGCAGUCUCACCUGUGGGGUUGGUCUGCAGACCAGAGAUGUCUUCUGCUCCCAUCUGCUCUCCAGAGAGUUGAAUGAAACCGUAAUCCUGGCUGAUGAGUUAUGUCGCCAACCCAAGCCUGGCACAGUGCAAGCCUGUAACCGCUUCAACUGUCCCCCAGCCUGGUACCCUGCACAGUGGCAGCCGUGUUCCAGAACCUGUGGAGGGGGCAUCCAGAGACGUGAGGUUCUAUGCAAACAGCGCAUGGCUGAUGGCAGCUUCCUGGAGCUUCCGGAGACCUUCUGUUCGGCCUCAAAGCUGGCCUCCCAGCAAGUCUGCAAGAAAGAUGACUGUCCUAGUGAGUGGCUCCUCUCUGACUGGACAGAGUGUUCCACAAGCUGCGGAGAAGGCACCCAGACUCGAAGCGCCAUUUGCCGAAAGGUGCUGAAAACCGGAGUCUCAGCUAUUGUCAACUCUUCCCUGUGCCCUCCACUGCCCUUCUCUUCAUCCAUCAGACCCUGCAUGCUGGCAGCCUGUGCAAGGCCAGGGAAGCCAUCUGCAAAACACAGCCCUCACAUUGCUGCCACGAGGAAGAUCUACAUCCAGACUCGCAGGCAGAAGAAGCUGCACUUUAUGGUAGGGGGCUUCGCUUACCUGCUCCCCAAGACCACGGUGGUGCUGCGCUGCCCCACGCGCCGCUUCCGCAAGCCGCUCAUCACCUGGGAGAAAGACGGCCAGCACCUCAUCAGCUCGGCCCACGUCACCGUGGCCCCCUUCGGCUACCUGAAGCUCCACCGCCUCAAGCCCUCGGAUGUGGGCAUCUACACCUGCGCUGCGGGACCCGCCCGUGAGCAAUUCGUCAUCAAGCUCAUUGGAGCCAACCGCAAGCUGGUGGGCCGGCCCCUGAGCCUGAGGAGCGAGGAGCAGACACGCUCAGGGAGGAAGGGUAGCCUUGCCAAGGAAGCCCUGCAGCCCCACAAACACCAGAACGGCAUCUUCUCCAAUGGCAGCAAAGCUGAGAAGCGGGGCCUUGCCGCAGACCCCGGGAACCGCUAUGAUGACCUUGUCUCUCGGCUGCUGGAGCAGGGGGGCUGGCCUGGGGAGCUCCUGGCCUCGUGGGAGACGCAGGACUCCACGGAGAGGAACACAUCCUCGGAGGAGGACCAGAAUGCCGAGCAGCCCCUCCUGCACCUGCACCUGCCCUUCACCAUGGUGACGGAGCAGAAGCGCCUGGACGACAUCCUCAGGAACCUCUCCCAGCAGCCUGAGGAGCUGCGUGACGUCUACAGCAAGCACCUGGUCGCCCAGCUGGCCCAAGAGAUCUUCCGCAGUCACCUCCAGUUGCAGGAUGGGCAGCUGAAGCCUUCGGAGCGGCGGGGCCCCCCUGUGGCCAUCCCACCUCACAAACACGUGUCUGGCUUCAGCAGCUCCCUGCGGACCUUGUCCUCUGGGGAGGCCGGGGGCAGCCCUCGGAGGCCUCACCGAAAGCCCACCAUCCUGCGAAAAAUCUCAGCAGCCCAACAGCUCUCGGCCUCAGAGGUAGUCACCCACCUUGGGCAGACUGUGGCCCUGGCCAGUGGGACGCUGAGUGUGCUCCUGCACUGUGAGGCCAGUGGCAACCCAAGACCUACCAUCAGUUGGGCGAGAAAUGGAGAAGAGGUUCAAUUCUCUGAUAGGAUUCUCCUACAGCCAGAUGAUUCCUUACAGAUCCUGGCACCAGUGGAAGCUGAUGUGGGUUUCUACACUUGUAAUGCCACAAAUGCCUUGGGAUAUGACUCUGUCUCCAUUGCCGUCACAUUAGCAGGAAAGCCACUAGUAAAAAACUCCCGAGUGACUGUGGUCAAUCUGGAGGAGCCUGCCAUCACUGCAGAUGUAGGAAGCACCAUCAAGACACUGCCAGGAGUGAAUGUGACAAUUAACUGCCAAGUUGCAGGUGUGCCUGAAGCUGAAGUCACUUGGUUCAGGAAUAAAAGCAAACUGAGCUCCCCUCUCCAUCUGCACGAGGGCUCCUUGCUGCUCGCAAACGUGUCCUUCUCAGACCAAGGCCUGUACUCCUGCAGGGCAGCCAAUCUGCAUGGAGAGCUGACUGAGAACACCCAGCUACUGAUCCUCGAUCCCCCCCAAGUCCCGGUGCAAUUGGAUGAUAUUAAGGCCUUGCUUUCAGCAACUGGACUGAACCUUCCUUCAGUGCUGACAUCUCCUCUGGGAACACAGCUGGUCCUGAAUCCUGGGAAUUCCGCUCUCCUUGGUUGCCCCAUCAGAGGUCACCCUACCCCCAACAUCACCUGGUUCCAUGGUGGUCAGCCAGUUGCCACAGUGACAGGACUCACACAUUAUAUCCUGGAAGCUGGACAGAUUCUCCAGGUUGCAAAUCUAAGCAGCGAUUCUCAGGGGGAAUUCAGCUGCCUUGCUCAAAAUGAGGCGGGAGCACUCAGGCAGAAGGCCUCUAUAGUGAUCCAAGAUUACUGGUGGUCUGUGGACAGAUUGGCGACCUGCUCAGCUUCCUGUGGUAACAGGGGUGUUCAACAGCCCCGCCUGAGAUGUCUGCUGAACAGCACAGAAGUCAAUCCCAUUCACUGUGCAGGGAAGGUGCGUCCUGCUGUGCAGCCCAUUGCCUGCAAUCGGAGAGACUGCCCUUCUAGGUGGAUGGUGACUUCUUGGUCCGCCUGUACCCGAAGUUGUGGGGGAGGUGUCCAGACCCGCCGGGUGACCUGCCAGAAGCUUAAAGCCUCCGGAAUCUCCACACCUGUGCCCAAUGAGAUGUGCACCCAGCUUGCCAAACGGCCAGUAGACACCCAAGCCUGUAACCAACAGCUCUGCGUGGAGUGGGCCUUCUCCAGCUGGGGUCAGUGCAAUGGCCCUUGCAUCGGACCUCGCCUUGCUGUCCAACACAGACAGGUCUUCUGCCAGACCCGUGAUGGCCUCACCUUACCAUCAGAGCAGUGCAGUGCCCUCCCACGGCCUGUGAGUACCCAGAACUGCUGGUCAGAGGUCUGUAGCGUACACUGGAGGGUCAGUCUGUGGACCCUGUGCACAGCGACCUGCGGCAACUACGGCUUCCAAUCCCGGCGCGUGGAGUGUGUGAACGCCCGCACCAACAAGGCAGUGCCUGAGCACCUGUGCUCCUGGGGACCCCGGCCUGCCAACUGGCAGCGCUGCAACAUCACCCCAUGUGAAAACAUGGAGUGCAGAGACACUACCAGGUACUGUGAGAAGGUGAAACAGCUGAAGCUCUGCCAGCUAAGCCAGUUCAAAUCUCGAUGCUGUGGGACUUGUGGCAAAGCGUGAAGACUAGGCACAAGGGACAACUCCAGCCUGGCCAUGCAAAGGACUCAAGCAACUGCCUUGGACUCAACUUAAGCUUUCUUGGUUUUAUUUAUUUAUUCCCCCACCCCCACCCCAGGCACCACUGUCACACACAGCAUAGCUCCCGUCCCCCUGUCAUGAGGACCUCAGCAUGUCUCCUCUGUGUUAGCCAGAGGACAGAAUGUUGGGAAAGGAUAAGAAAGGUGGUUUAGGGAAGGUUGCAGAGCAGUCCCAGCCAGACAGCAAGAGCACCUUUGCAGAGCUAGCCACUUCCCAAACAUGGGCUCCAAGGAGAGCAAAGAGGAAGCAGACAGAGCCCUGGGGACAGCCAGGAGUCAGAGUCCACAGCAGAUGACAGACAUAGGAAGGGACACCAGAGGGUUUGUAAGAUAUCCGUACAGAUGUGGGACAACCUCUGUGUCUUUCCAGUGAAUACAUAACUUGCUGCUUCUUAGUCUUGUCCUCUGCUCUGCAGGAAGGGUGAGAGGGGACACCGUGCUGAGGUAGAACCCAGCUCUCCCUGUGGGAGGCACAGAGGACAAGAACUAAGAAAAUGGACAGAUGGAGCAAAGGAGACAUCCAAGUAGUCUUAAAGCACACUGUGUUUCAGAAAAGGAGGUAGGAGAGGAGAGAAGAACAGAAGAAAGAGGAAAGCUGUCUGUGUUCCUCAGGAGGGAAUGGGCAGGCAGCUGCCUGAAGCUCACUGGCUGCGUUCUGACCCUCAUGGAUGUGCGCUGGGUACAUACCCCCAGGGCCCACAGUGCAUGUAAGAGCUUAGCAGGGUGUAUGGUGAGUCCACAGCUCCCACACUGUCUCGGUUAACAUUUCUGCCUGAACAUUUUCAGAAAAGCCAGUGAGACUUUUAAGAUGUGCAGUCAGGUCACCCCUUUGCAUCUCUGUCUAAAUCAAGAGUCCUAGUGCCCACACUGCACUACUGGUGUAGGCCAGGGCAUUUUAAGCGUGAAUACAUGGGUUUUCUGCCUGUAUGAUCAUCGCUGCUCCACUUUGAGUGCCAUGGACUGGAGACUGUUUUCAAAAAACAAUUCAUCAAUUUGCCCAAAAAAAAAAAAAAAAUCUAUCACAGCAUAGUGACCACAUCAUUCCAGACCCAGGCAGAGCACAGGUGGGUGGGGGGGCACUGCAGUGAAAGCCGAAAGAAAACUAAAGCUUCUAAAGACUGUCCCCAAAGACUCUUCAAACUAUUUCCCCUCUUUAUAGAAUACUGUUAACUUGAUAGAACUUAAGAGACACAAGUUUAGGUGAUUUGCUGGUUCAGCAGGCAAAACAGCACAUGCUUGCACUGCACCACUCAUGCCAGUCAGCUCAGUUUAGUGGCUUCAGCCAAGUCAAGUGUCAUAAGUGAAGGUCUGGAAAAGUUUAACAAGUUGCCCACUCAGCAUAGCAACUUGGGGUGAUUUUACCUGCCUCCCCCUGUGUGCAGUAGCCAAGGCAAGGUGGCCUAUGUCACUCACCACUUAAGAUAUGCUGAACCCCUCACAGACAAAACUCACUAGAUGUCACUCAGCCCAGGGCCACCACUGACACCAGUGCUGCAUUUUGCGGUCAGUCUGGAAGUAAAAUUUGGGGAGGAGACAGUGUCAGGCUGUGUCCUCCCCAGGUGAGCUAAGGAUAGUUAAGGGGUAGGGGUCUUUUUCUUCCUCACCACAAAAAUGGGCUCUAAAAAAAAGUCACGUUACUAAUAAAGUCAAGUUACUAAAAUCCAGUGUCAUGUCUAUUUAAAAUAAAAGAAUGUUUUCUAUGUAUAUCUUUUGUGAAUAUUUAUUAGGAUUUCUUGUGUAAAAAAAAAGUGCAAUAUUAAGAACUGUACAUUGUCAUCCAGAAAAACAAAAUAUUUGGGGAACCUUUAUGAACUUCUUGAGGUUGUGUUUCUAUAAACUCAAUGGUGUAUUGUUCCUCUUUUUAACAGAACCUGGUGUUUAACUCUAGAUUUAUUUGUGUACAGAUUACCUUGUAAAACACUAGUACGGAAUGGUGGGGCAAUGUGAGGGGAGUUACUUGUGACUCAGUAGUUAUACCUGGAAUGAAGACAACAAACGCCAUACUGCUACUAAUGUGGUUAACUAUGUCUAGUUUGAUAGCAACUGAAAACCAGAAGCCAAUAUUUACACUUCUUGAAUAGCAGGUGUCCCUCCAGCUCCACCACACGUCGGGUUGUAGCAUUUGGAAGCAGGUUUCAGAGAGAGCUGGAAGACCUUAGUUUGGGGGUGGGAUGUGGUGUGCUCCUUGCAUGAGAUGAAUGUACAUUUACUGUCUGUUCUGUGAAUUGUGACUCAGCAGCACCAGAAGAUUAUUAGGGCUGCUGAAUAAUGUGGAAGGAGGCAUUUUCUCCUCUAAAACACAAAACUGUAUAUAUUUUUUUUGUACAGACAAUACAGCUUAUUUAUUUAAA